CACCCGAGCGAUGGGCUCCGAGGCGGCGCAGCUGCUGGAGGCUGCUGACUUCGCUGCUCGCAAGCACCGGCAGCAGCGGCGGAAGGAUCCCGAAGGGACCCCCUACAUCAACCACCCCAUCGGUGUGGCUCGCAUCCUGACCCAUGAGGCGGGAAUCACUGACAUUGCGGUGUUGCAGGCGGCCCUGCUCCAUGACACGGUGGAGGACACAGACACCACUCUGGAUGAGGUGGAGCUGCACUUUGGGGCCCAAGUGCGGCGCCUGGUGGAGGAGGUGACAGAUGACAAGACUCUGCCCAAGAUGGAGAGAAAGCGGCUGCAAGUGGAACAGGCGCCUCACAGCAGCCCCGGGGCCAAACUGGUGAAGCUGGCAGACAAGCUGUACAAUCUGAGGGACCUGAAUCGCUGCACCCCCGAGGGAUGGUCAGAACACCGAGUCCAGGAAUACUUCGAGUGGGCAGCGCAGGUAGUGAAGGGGCUUCAGGGAACGAACCGGCAGCUGGAAGAGGCUCUAAAGCAUCUGUUCAAGGAGCGGGGGCUAGCGCUCUGAGAGUGCUUGGAGCCAUGGAUGGCAUAGCUCCAGCCUUGCCCAGGCGGGACAGGAUUUUCUGUGCCUCCGGAGCUGUCUCCCUUUUUCCCUUAACCCAGAUAUCAGAGGCCCCAAACACCUGUUUUCUCACUCUGGAGGCCGCCUGCCAACUAAGCUGAGCCCCAAAUGUGGGAAUCAGAUGUGCCCCAUCCAUUUCUAUUGCACUCACUGCCUUUCCCCAGUCUUGGAUCUGUUUACUGUUUUGCAUGAUGGGAUCUCUGGCCCCUCAAGGACUUGGGCUUGUAUUAAUACUAGUUUCUAAGUCAUUAUGGAAAAUAAAAGAAUUUUGGGUAAAGGUUUAA